GAGACAUCUAGUGUUCUAUAUAUCUAUGCGUCAGACAACCAAAUGUAAACAUUUUAAUAAGAUAGCGGUGGCGUCGGCCCACUUUGAAAGUGGUAUGCACGAUGUAAACCCUGGUGAGAUAUGCGUGAAUCUCUUUCUAGUCAGAUUAUUAUUAUUUUUUUCAAUUUUUAGGUGGACCGGAAAUAUCCAAUAAAAUGCCGAAAAUAAAGGGCCAAACUUCAAAAUCUUCAACAACAUUUUGAGAAAGGCUAGCCGCUAGUAUAUAAUACUGUCAGAGAAGAAGAAUGUCAACAGUGGAAGCAACGAGCAGACCACAUUACGUCAGUGCUGUCUGGCUGGCGCCACGCGCUGGUGGUUGAGAGGUACGCAGGGCGCGAGCUAUAAAGGGAAAUAAAAAAUAAAAAACACUGUAAAGUGCUAGCGCUAAGGGGUCACGAACUAUGACCUUUAACAGGAGAAAACCAAAACAAACAUUUAAUAAAAAUGGGAGAAUUACUCAUCAGCGAGCCUAGUGACUCACAGAGCCCUUUACCUACGUCACCAUGAAGCUGCAUCCUCAUCAGAAAAUAGCACCUGAACCAGGGGCACAGGCAAGUGUAUGCUUAUUUUUUUGAUUGUAACGGACCAGCAGGUCCGGAAGAGCCAGAUACUCACAGCUAUGAACCCGUCCAGCGGCCCCAAGCAACAGUUCUUUCUGACCACAGCCGAUGGCUCUGGGGCAGGCAAGGUCAUCCUGGCCUCGCCAGACAGCAACCACAACAAGCAGCUCAUCUUUACUGCCGCAGACAACUUGAUUCCUGGCAGGAUACAGAUUGUUACUGAUGCCAUGUCCAUGGAGCGGUUGCUUGGGCAGGCAGGGGAUCUCAGUCGGCCUCAGCCAGUGGAAUAUUGUGUGGUCUGCGGAGACAAGGCCUCAGGGCGUCACUAUGGUGCCGUCAGUUGUGAGGGCUGUAAAGGAUUCUUCAAGAGAAGCGUGAGGAAGAGCCUGGCCUACAGCUGCCGCAGCAAACAGGACUGCGUCAUCAAUAAGCACCACCGCAACCGCUGCCAGUUUUGUCGGCUUCGAAAGUGCCUUGAGAUGGGGAUGAAGACAGAGUCUGUGCAGAGUGAACGCAGACCCAUUGAUCUGGUCCCUAGAGAGAAGCACUCCAACUGUGCGGCCUCCACUCAAAAAAUCUAUGUCCGCAAGAACCUCAACAGUCCAAUCAUUGCCACGCCAACCUUCAUUUCCGACACAGAGACAGAAGGCUCCAGAUCUAGUCUUCUGGAGCAAGGAAUGCUAGUGAACAUCCAGCAGCCCUUCAUCCAGACAGAUGGGACAUUGCUACUGUCCACUGACUCUGAGCUGGAGUCUAGUCACGGGGACUUGGGGACGCUGGCCAACGUGGUGUCUUCGCUAGCCAACCUGAGCGACUCGCUGAAUGAGAACCUCAACGGGGGCGAUGAUGCCUCAGAGGGCUUCCAGCAGGAGCACUCCGCCAGUGAGAUAACACGUGCCUUUGACACCCUGGCCAAAGCCCUAAACCCACCAGAUGCAGGGCAGGGCCAGAGCCAGGAAGGUCAGGUGCAGUGUGCUGCCGGAGCCACCAUCCAGCUCAUCGGUCGGGACCAGGAGACCCCUCUCAUAGAGGUGGAGGGGCCACUGCUCACAGACACCCACGUUGGCUUUAAGCUGUCGAUGCCGAGCCCGAUGCCGGAAUAUCUUAAUGUACACUACAUCUGUGAGUCAGCAUCCCGCCUGCUCUUCCUGUCCAUGCAUUGGGCGCGCUCCAUCCCUGCUUUUUCAGCUCUGGGCCAGGAUAUGAACACAAGUUUGGUGCGAGCCAGCUGGAAUGAGCUGUUCACCCUGGGUAUGGCUCAGUGUGCCAAUGUGAUGAACCUGUCCACCAUCCUAGCUGCUAUCAUCAACCACCUUCAGGGAAGCAUUCAGGACGACAAGGUGUCUGGGGAGAGAGUGAAGGAGGUGAUGGAACACAUCUGGAAGUUGCAGGAGUUCUGUCACAGCAUGAUAAAGGUGGAGACGGACGACUUUGAAUACGCCUACCUGAAGGCCAUAGUGUUAUUCAGCCCAGACCACCCAGGCCUGGAGUGCAGCAUCCAGAUCGAGAAGUUCCAGGAGAAGGCCUUGAUGGAGCUUCAGGACUAUGUGCAGAAGACCUAUCCAGAGGACACGUACAGGUUGACCCGUAUCCUGAUGAGACUUCCAGCCCUACGCCUGAUGAACUCCAACAUCACAGAGGAGCUCUUCUUUACCGGACUCAUAGGGAAUGUCUCCAUAGACAGCAUCAUUCCAUACAUCCUGAAGAUGGAGACCACAGAGUACAACAGUCAGGACUCUGGCUCUUUGGAAUGAUAAGUAUUCCUCCACCCAGCUGAGACGUCUUUUCAGAGAUGGGUAAACUGAACUUAUGUACUACUCCUAAGGUUUCUGGUCGACUGUCGCCCUCAGUGUGCUAUCCUGUUGCAGUUCCUCUGCGCUCAAAGCCCUGGUACCACAGCGUAAGCCAGCGGGACCACUGGUAGGGGUCUGGGAUGUUUCAGAGUUCAGUGAAACUCCAGACUUGAUGGAAGAGACUGAAGUCUUUUCUGUACUUCAAACCAAUUCCUGAUUGAUUUUAACUUUUACAGGUUGUUUUACUCUUAUUCAAGCCAUAUUCUUCUCUAAUGCUGGACAUGAUUAUGGUUUUUAGGGUAGCUUCUGAAUCUAAUCUCUAAAAUGUGCAAUCGUUAAUCAUGGAGUCAAAUGAAUGGCAUAAGAAAGUCAUAAUGGUAAAAGACUAUAAAAAAAAAGCUUUAAGCUCAUGUCGCAUAGAAGCUCAUGUCGCAUAGAAAACAAGUUUAGCCAUGGGGAAAAUCUAAAGUCCCAACCACAGACUUCUAGAGAUCAUAGCAUCCAAGAAUUGAUCGGGUGUGAGAAUGUAUCAGCAGCCUAGGUGAAGGGGAUUUAUGUAAAUUAUAAUUGUGAUUAUAAUUCAUCACAUGACAAUGCAAUCUAUCUAUUAGGUGCAGUGUGUAGAAAGUAGUUUAUAAUUAGUGUAUAAUCACAUAAUCCACGGUGACCGGCUUGUUGCACCGACAUGAUUUUACAUUAGCCCUGAACAAACAAACAGCACUACAGAGGACACUGUUUCAAUUACAAAUAGGAAUCCCUGUCUUACUUGUAAGAUAAGACCUAUAGUUGUACAGACUAAAUACUAACCUCAUCACUUGACCCUUGGCUACUGGAUGCUGUCCAGGUCAGAGUGGCUUUGAUUAUAUGGUUGAAAGGCGGGGGGAGGGGGCUGUAAUUCAGCAAUAUGCCAACUCACUACUAGAUGCCACAUCAUCCUACACACACACUGCACCGAUCAUGGCGUGGUAUUUUAAAUGUCAUACAACAGUAUACCUUGUUAGUUUACUUGUUUGUUCAAAAAUGUUAGACAUUUAAAACAGUAAUAUUGUAACAUUCAAUUUAAGUUGCUUACUCAUUCACACUGGAAUAUUGUUUGCAAAGACCACUUCUAAAUCAGGUUAAAAAACAAACUUAUUUGAAUGUUUUCUUUGAGCAGCCACUAUCAAAUUAAAUAAAUGUAAUAAUCAACCUUACUUAAUUAACCUGUAGAAAUAGCAAAGAUGAAGAUGGUCCAAGUGAUAAUUCCAUAACAUUUUUAUAGUUUGAAGUCAGAGAAAAAAAUGUAAUUAAUUAAGGGCCAAAUGUGUUUUAGCAUUCUGCGGCUAUUGCUGCUUCUCGAGUGGAAAAGACAAUUCAAGACUCCUUCUCAGCUGCUGUUGUCCUGGCUACGUUUGGUAUAUGGUUUCGGGUGCAAUCAAGUUGUGCCUUGAUUGGAGCUGUAGACGUGUAUUCACCUGGUGGAGUGGUGGUUGUGUCAGCCGCUCAGCUCUUUUGCAAUCACCAAUGUAUUAAUCCUUUAAGGGUUGGACACAAUUUUCUUUUAUUCGUCGCCUUUUUUUAUCCGUCUUUAGUUUUUAUGAAUUGUGUUGCACAUUUGUUUUCAAAUCAAAUUUGUUUUGACUUUUUAUUCAAAUUGUUACUAAGUUGCUCAUACUAAGUGUACUUAAAGUACUUUAUUGGAAUGUCUCAGAUUAGAAAAAGUAUUUUCUGGGGCGGAGCCCCAAAUCUAUCGGUGUGUUAAGCAUAUGUUGAAUUAUACUGUACGUACUACAGCAACUAAAAACAAUGGUUUGUUACUGCACUUAUGUAAACUAAUAUUUGUACAUGUAGUUUCAUUAAAAUGAGUGCAUGUUUUUUUUAAGUGAAGUUUUAUAUAUCUUGUCACUAUGGGCUAAAAGCAAAGAAGUUUUCCGAUAUUGCAGUGCAUGAAGGUGCUUAAGCUUUUUUUAAAGUUAUGUAUAAAAAUGUAGAUUUAAAUGUGGUUGCAUUAUCAUAAUUCAAGAUUCUAAAACAGAAAUAAUUGAUGUGAAUAGUGUCUUAUGUUUGUUUCUGUAAAUGCAUUUCCUCAAACUUGUGACUAACCAAUCAUUCAAACAAUCAUAUCUACUUCUUUGCCAUUUGCCCUUUUUUCUACCUCGUCAGAAAUAAAACUGCAAAAAAAUGUAAUACAGUGAUACAAGUUGGCAA